AUGGUUAAUUGGACAGCAGACACAACUCUGUUUAGCGAGGCGCUAUCUCUCGAGAAGACGACGGCGGUGCUGUGUGGACUAUACUUUUACGAGUUUGUACUUGCCCUUCCAUACGAUUGGGAGAUCGUCCGAAGCCGGAUGCCCUACGCGCAGACCCUCAGGUCUCUGGCGGGAUACAUACUGUACACGCUCUCUCGGUAUCUGACCUUUGUGUAUUGUGUCUGUUCAUGCCUGCUAUUGAACAAUUACCGAUCGUUCGACUGCGAGGCGCUCGUCAAGAUAAUCACGUUCUGCGGAACCAUGGGUCCUACAUGCGCAUCCUCAUCCCUCUUCCUUCGUGCUGGUGCCAUCUGGAAGUGGAACCGAUUCAUCGUCGCCUGCCUAUUGCUUCCUCUCACUGCCUCAUACAUCUGCAGUAUCAGAACUGUCAUCUUGGUCACUGCCACAGACACUGUCUUAGAUAUGGAGCAAUGCGCAUCGACCAACAUCAGCGAAGCAAAGGCUACCGCGAUCACGACUACCUUGACCGAUGUCACUCUCCUAACCUUUUUCUUACUGGGCCUGCGGAAAGGUCGGAAAGAAGCUCGAGGCUUUCCGCUGUGGCAUAUGCUCUGGGAUCAGGGCCUGAUCUACCUUUGUCUGGCCAUUGCCAUCGGGGUUCCGUCGGCGGUCUUUCUCGUGUUGGAUCUCAACGAGGUCAUAAACACGAUCUUCAUUACCCCUCCAAUCCUGAUGCCCGCCAUCGCCGCAACUCGUUUCCAGCGUGCUCUAACGAAGCGCUCAAACAGCACUAUCUCAGUAUGGAAUGUCCCCGUCGUCCGGCCCAGAGCGCCCGAGUCUUAUGAGCUGCAGGAUAGCAAGGCCGAGAUCAACAUGAGUGGUUGA